UCGCGACAAUGGCUAUUUUCAACAAAUCACAAAGAUAUUGGAACUUUAUACUUCAUUUUCGGAGCCUGAGCAGGAAUAGUUGGCACAUCUCUUAGAAUUUUAGUUCGAGCAGAACUAGGUCAUCCUGGAGCAUUAAUUGGAGAUGAUCAAAUUUAUAAUGUAAUUGUAACUGCUCACGCUUUCGUAAUAAUUUUUUUCAUAGUUAUACCUAUUAUAAUCGGGGGGUUUGGAAAUUGAUUAGUCCCUUUAAUAUUAGGGGCACCAGAUAUGGCAUUCCCCCGAAUAAAUAAUAUAAGAUUCUGGUUAUUACCCCCUUCUCUCACUCUAUUGUUAGUCAGCAGCAUAGUGGAAAACGGAGCCGGUACAGGUUGAACUGUAUACCCGCCAUUAUCAUCUAUUAUUGCACAUGGAGGAGCAUCUGUCGAUCUAGCCAUCUUUUCACUCCAUUUAGCAGGUAUCUCCUCAAUCUUAGGAGCUGUAAAUUUUAUUACAACAGUAAUUAAUAUGCGAUCAACAGGAAUUACAUUCGAUCGAAUACCUUUAUUUGUUUGAGCAGUAGUACUAACAGCCCUACUACUUUUACUAUCUCUACCUGUCUUAGCCGGUGCUAUCACAAUACUUUUAACAGAUCGAAAUCUGAAUACUUCCUUUUUCGACCCAGCAGGUGGAGGAGACCCAAUCCUUUACCAACAUUUAUUUUGAUUUUUCGGACACCCAGAAGUAUACAUUCUAAUUCUCCCUGGAUUUGGUAUAAUCUCUCACAUUAUUAGUCAAGAAUCAGGUAAAAAGGAAACCUUUGGGUCUCUAGGAAUAAUCUACGCUAUAAUAGCAAUUGGACUUCUAGGUUUUAUUGUAUGAGCUCACCAUAUAUUUACAGUAGGAAUAGAUGUAGACACUCGAGCCUACUUUACUUCAGCUACAAUAAUCAUUGCAGUACCUACAGGCAUUAAAAUUUUCAGUUGAUUAGCUACUCUUCACGGCACACAGUUAAAUUAUUCCCCAGCAAUAUUAUGAGCCCUAGGAUUUGUAUUCUUAUUUACAGUAGGAGGAUUAACGGGAGUUGUACUUGCUUAUUCUUCUGUAGACAUUAUUUUACAUGAUACAUACUAUGUAGUAGCCCAUUUUCACUACGUACUAUCUAUGGGAGCAGUAUUCGCAAUUAUAGCCGGAUUUGUACACUGAUACCCCCUAUUCACCGGACUAAAUCUAAACCCUAAUUGAUUAAAAAGUCAAUUUAUUAUUAUAUUUAUCGGCGUAAAUUUAACAUUCUUCCCUCAACAUUUCUUAGGAUUAGCGGGAAUACCACGCCGAUACUCAGAUUACCCAGACGCCUAUACAACAUGAAAUGUAGUAUCCACAAUUGGCUCAUCUAUUUCUUUACUAGGAAUCUUAUUUUUCUUAUUUAUUAUUUGAGAAAGAUUAGUAACACAACGGCAAGUAAUUUACCCCAUACAACUUAAUUCAUCAAUUGAAUGACUUCAAAAUACUCCUCCAGCCGAACAUAGUUACUCAGAAUUACCUCUUUUAACUAAUU